ACUGACAUCGCUGUUUUACAGCCAAAGUCAAGUCUUCUGGGCAGAGAACUGGAGCACAAUUAAAGGCUGUAUAAAGAAACGACAAAAAUAAUCAACUUCUGAAGCGGUUUGUUCUUGGAGGUGUUGUUUAUGAGCGUCGUCUGUUGUUAUGAGCUACAACUGAGGCAUAAAAAGGUUACUGAAGGACGAACGGCUAGGCAUUAUUUUGAAGCACGUCCAAUUCAUCAGAAUGACAAAAGAAGAGGAAAACCCUGACUGGGUUGGUGGACAAGAAUUUUAUGACAAAUAUGAUCCAAAGGAGAUCUUGGGAAGGGGUGUGAGCAGUGUAGUUCGCAGAUGUGUGGAUAAACGGACUGGUCAGGAAUAUGCAGUAAAGAUCAUAGACAUCACACCAUCAGACAAAAUGACACCCCAAGAGAUACAAGAAAUCCAGCAGGCCACUGUGAAAGAGAUCGACAUUCUUCGAAAAGUGUCUGGACAAAAGAACAUAAUUCAACUCAAGGAUUGCUUUGAAUCAAAGGCCUUCUUCUUUUUGGUAUUUGAUCUGAUGAAGAGAGGAGAGCUCUUCGACUACCUCACUGAAAAAGUCACUCUAAGUGAGAAAGAGACACGAAAGAUCAUUCGAGCUCUCCUGGAGGUGGUUGAGUAUCUUCACGCUCACAAUAUAGUCCAUCGUGACCUGAAACCAGAGAACAUUCUGUUAGAUGAUGAUGUGAAUAUCAAACUUACAGACUUUGGUUUCUCCAUCCAGAUUGAGCCUGGACAAAGACUGAAUGAGGUUUGCGGGACACCGGGUUACUUGGCUCCAGAAAUCAUAGAGUGCUCAAUGGAUCCAAAACAUUCUGGCUAUGGGACUGCUGUUGACCUCUGGAGCACAGGGGUGAUCUUGUACACUCUUCUGGCUGGAUCUCCACCAUUCUGGCACAGAAAACAAAUGCUGAUGCUUCGCCUGAUUCUUGCAGGACAAUACCAAUUCAACUCACCAGAAUGGGAUGACCGUUCAGACACAGUCAAAGACUUGAUUUCUAGACUAUUAGUUGUGGAUCCUGAGAGUCGAUACACAGCAACAGAAGCGCUCAAUCAUCCCUUCUUCCAACAAUAUGUGGUUGCGGAAGUUCGCCAUUUUAGUCCUUAUAGGAAGUUCAAGGUUAUUUGUAGGACUGUACUUGCUGCUAUGCGUAUCUACUGUAAUUAUCGUCGUGCCAAACCAGUGACCAAGGAAGUGAUCCAGAGCGACCCAUACGCCAUCAAACAUCUGCGUAAAAUGAUUGACGCUUGUGCCUUCAAGAUCUAUGGCCACUGGGUGAAGAAAGGCCAAACGCAGAACAGAGCAGCUUUAUUCGAAAACUCUCCAAAAGUCAUUCUGCUCUCCAUCGCGACUGAGGAAAUGGAUGCAGCACAGAGGACUUGGUGAGGGUUUACCAUCAGUUACUAGUGGAUACAAGUUACCUUGAGACCAUGUUGAUAACGGUCCAAAAAUAUAGACCUUUACUGCUAAGAUGGCAGUGGGGGAGAAUUAUUAUUAAUUCAAGUAACAUUUAUUUAAUAAAGUAUUCAGAUUUAUUAAAAUUUUUGUUGAUAACAGAUGAGGAAAUACUUUCUAAACUAGGGAUAAUUAAUAAUGAUAAAAACAGGAUUAAUUUUUAUUUGAUUAGCAUUUAGUGAUCUAAAACUAACAUUACGUUAGCAUAUAUCACUAAAAUACUACUGAAGUGUUAAGAACUCAUUAAACAAAUAACAACAAUAGUAAUGGGCAUACUAAUACUUUGGAAAAUAUAAAAUGCAUUAUUUUAUUAGAAAUAUAAAGAAAUUCUUCAACAAAGAAGUAAUAAAAAAAGUCUUAAAGAGAUUUGAAUAAAGAAAACAAUAAGAUAGUUUGGUAUGAUUUUAUUUCACAGCAAUACAAAACAGAUAUGAAACUAAAUUCCAGAAGUGUGUUUCUCCACAGGAGAAAUGUUCUAUUAAUCUCAAGUGCACCACUGGCAUCAUUCAUUAUUUUUGUGCGGCUUAGUCCCAGAUACAUCAAGGAUUGGAAUGAACCACCACCACUGGCAUCAUCUAGUCUUGAAUAUCUGCUUCUUAAAGCUCAGUUCUUUUCUGUUUUGCACUGGAGUUCAUAGCACAGCGGAAGCCCAGGUUAUCAGAGGCUGAAUCUGCUGUGUUUCCCAUCCU